GCGAUCCUCGGUGACACAUCUCCUCCUCCUCCUCCUCCUCCUCCACCGCCGCUGCUGCUGCUCCGCUUCGCCAUUGUGUGCGGAGCUGGGUGAGUGUUGAGGUCGAGGAAGCCGCCGUGGAGGAACGAUGGCGGAGUAGAAACGAACAAAUAAACGGACUAACGGCUCGUUCCUCCUCCACCUUCUCCUCCUCCUUGUUGCUCCGGACCGUCCGCCCUCCCGCUCCCGGCCUCACCGACGACACCCAUGCAGCAGAGGAGACCCCGGACGGGACUAGCUACAUGUGAUUUAUGUUGGGUAACGGGGUGAAGCGGAAACUGGACGAGGAUGAGGACGUGUUGGAGGCGGAUCGGCGUCCUGCGGCGGCCGGCGGCAUGUCUCAGGCAUCCUACACACUGCAGCGUCAGACGGUGCUCAACAUGUCGCUCAUGAAGCUGUACGGUCCGAGGCUGGGCGCCGACCUCGGCCUGCAGCGCCGCGUCCUCAUCAACAACAUCAUCCGCCGCAUCCAUGACGACUUCAGGCAAGAAGGAGGCGUUGGUGCUCUCUUCUUCUCUGCCGCAGCGCCCUCUGCAGCCGCCGCCGCCUGUGAGGACGACAGCUUCCGCCAGCCGCCGCCACCGCCCUCGUCCUUCAGCAUCUUGUCGUCGCCACUGUCAGGCAUGGCGCCGCUGGACUCCUGCCUGACUCCCGCCUCGCUGCUGGAGGAGGACCUGCCCAUGUUCUUCACACUGCCGCCGUCCUCCUCGCCACAGCACCACCUGCACCACUCCCCGAGGCCGCCGCCGCCACCACCCUCACCACCACCCAAAGACAGCUUCUCGUCAGCCCUGGAGGAGAUCGAGGAGCUCUGUCCCUCCUCUUCAUCUUCCUCCUCGCCGCUGCCGCCUCCUGCUCGGGUUCUGUUUGAUGUGGUCAUGAAGGAGGAGGGGCGGAGCCUUCAGGAGGCGGAGAGCAGGCUGGAGAAACCUCCUCCUCCUCCUCCUCCUCCUCCUCCUCCUCCUCUCCCGGCCUCUCCGUCCUCUCCGGGUUCCUUCCUCACUGACUUUGCUCUGGACGACGUCCUCUUUACAGACAUUGACACGUCCAUGUACGACCUCGGCCCCUGCCCGCCUCCAACGGGAGCGCCACCGUCGAAGAUCGCUCCCGUUGUGAUGGCGGACGACCUUGUACGGUCCAUGUCCGGGUACGGAGCGGCGGGCGGUGGCGGCGGCGCCCAGAACCAGCCGUUUAAAAUGGACCUGGCGGAGCUGGACCACAUCAUGGAGGUGCUGGUGGGCAGCUGAGGAAAGUUUUUAUAACUUUUUGUUAAUUUUGUACAGAUUUAAAUUCACAGCACUUCACACUGGUUUUAUUCUGGAGGAUUAAAGCUGCUGCUACCAUUAAUAUUCAUGAAGAAUAUAUAUACACGUUCACCAGCUGCAAUAUUAAGGAUAAACACACUGAGGUCUCUGCAGGGUGUUGGACUCUCUGUCGCCUCUGGUUUGGUUUCUUUAUGUAAACAAAUGUCCUUCAUUUGUUGGACAAAAUCUGUGAGGGAAGGAGCUGACACUUUUUUAUCACAAAUUUAUCGCGAAAAAAUUACAAAUUUACAAGGAAAAUAACCUCUAACAUUUACAAGCACAAAAACUCACAAAUUUAGAGAUAAAAUGUAACAAAUUUAUAAUUUUUUUCUCGUAAAUGUACGGGAAAAAAAAGUUUGUGAUUUUUUUCCAUAAAUAUGAGAGAUUUUUAUCACGUAAAUAUGAGAGAAUUUUUUCUUGUGACUAUGAUUUUUUUCUUUGUAAAUUUGUGAUUUUUUUCUUGUAAAUGUAGAACUUUUUUCUGUUUUGGUCGGCACCCUUCCUUUGGUUGGGACUGUGUUCUCACCUGCAGAACACCGACUCUGAGAACCCAGACCCCCAUAUUUUAGAGGAGCAGAGUUCUUCUUUGGUCCACCAGAGUUGGUUUGAGUGUUCACAGCAGCAGAAACCAAAAGAACCAUCAGACAAAACAACAGAGUUCAGUUCAGAGGAACAAACAGCUGAUUCAUCAAUUAUUAGAAUCCAGUAAUACAAAAUAUAUUAUUCUUAAACUCUAUUAUAUUAAACUAUUAUAUUAAACUAUUAUAUUAAACUAUUAUUUAAAACGAUAUUUUGCUGCUGAUACUUUAGUAAGUAAGAUUUAAAAUGCAGGAUUUUUACUUUGAACUAGUUAUGUCCACAUUAAGCUUCAGGGUUGUAUUUGUUGACGCCCACUAGAGGGCACACUUAAUUUAUAGAAACUCAAGGAAUGAAGGUGUGCUUUCAGAGGGAAGAAAAUAAACUUGUACCAACUGAAAUGGUUAAUGAAGCUUCAUGUGGACAUCACUAACUGUAUUUCACCUGGUUGUUCCACCACUGCCAGGCCUUUAAUGUGAGACGUUUAGGGUGUGUAUUAGAAAUAAGCAGCAGCUUUAAUCUUAUUGCUGAGAGAAAUGUUCUUCUGAAGGUGAAAACAGAAGUUCAGUGUGUCUCAGCCUCAGUGACUCCAGUGUGAACGCCUGAUUUUCUUCCGCUGUCCGAGAAAUUGUAAGAAGAGACUUUUUUACUCGUCGGUGCAUGUUUUUUUCUACAAAUGAGAUGAUGUGAACUCUCAGCAGCAUUUAUGAAAAACAGAAACAAUCCAGUGCCUUUUUCUCUCCAGAACCUCGAUAUUUAAACGCGGUCACGUCUGACGGAAGUUUUAUUCCAACAUGCAGUUUAAUUACCUGAAAACUCAUCAUGUGAUACUUUUAAUACAUCAUGUCGUUUUUAUUUAGUUCACAGAGAAUGUGAAAGCAACACAACUUGUGAAUGUUGAGCUUUUAUUUAACACUUGUUUAUUUUGUUUGUUUUGUUUAUUUCAGUGGAUCUGAUAAGAAAGAAAUACAAAAUGUCACAAGAUAUAAUUUAGCUGAUGAUGGUUAAAAAACAACUUUUAAUUUGAGUAAAUAUGGAGGAUGGAAGCUGCCAAAAUAAAAAAUAAGUAAAUGAAUGAUUUUACAAAUAAAUUAAUAUGCAUGUGCAAAAUAAAUUAAUUUUUAAAAUGAGUAACUGAAUAAUUAUUGUGCAUGCAUUUAGAAAUAAAUGAACAUAAAUAAAUUACCUGAUCAACUAACAUGCAUAUGCAGAAAUAAAUGCAUUUAAAACAUUAUAGAGAAAUUACUAAAAGAAAUAAUUAGUAUGCAAAAGUAAUAUAAAAUAAAAAUGUAUAUGCAAGCAUGAAGAAAUAAAUGAGUAUAAAUUAUUUCAUAAAUGAAUAUGCAUAUGAAUAAAUUAAUUAAUUAAACAAGUAUAAUUAAAUAAAAGGCAAAUAAAGAAACUAAAUCAGACUAAAAAAUCUAUUUAUGGCACAUUUUGUCAGUUGAUUGAUCCUUAUUUAUUUUUAAUUUUGGUAGAUUUAAUAUUUGUUUAUCAGGUUAUUUAUUUAUUCAUGUCAUUUUUGUUUUGCAGCUUCUGUCCUCCAUAUCACAGCACGAAGAAUUAAAACCUUGAUAAAAUGUCAAACUUUAGUUUUUAGCUUACUCAGUUUAAGGAAACGAUGUUUGUUUAGAAUCUGAUGAUUAAAAGGUUCAGAUUUCCUUCAGCAGAAAUAACCCACAGCUCUAUGAAUUAUUUAUUAUCUGUCUGUAUAUUUAUUGUAACUCUGGACACUAAUAUUUUCUUUGUACAGAACAUGAAAAUGAAUUAUUUUUAAGGAAAAAAAAACACCAAAAAACGCACUUCUUUGUUGAGUUUCAGAAAAUAUUUUGGGGGCUAAAGAUGAACUUAGAGGU